UCACUGAGGAAGAGGCAGUAGGAGUCACUGCUUUCCUCCUCCUCUCCCCUCCCUGCCGCCGCCCGCCGCAAAGCCAGGCCUGGGCUGCCGGUAGGUUGUCUUGGCAACGGGAGGCGGAGAGGAGAUGCGCCGAGGGAUGGAGGUGUAUGUCACCGAGGAAGCUGCAGAGCUCCUGCCCCACGCCCCAGGUCCUUGAAGCCAGAGGAGAAUCACCGAGGGAUGAGGACGCCACAGCUUGGUAGUACGCCCUUUCUGCUUUCUUGGUUCCGACUGCGCAGUGCCCAGGAGCAGGACAGAGCCUGAACCCUUGUCCUCUCCCUCCCUCACCGGGGUCUGCAACUGAUCUGACCAGCGAGCUCCCUGCUGCAUGGAACGGCUGCAGAAGGCCAAGAUGGACAACCAGGUGCUGGGCUACAAGGACCUGGCUGCCAUCCCCAAGGACAAGGCCAUCCUGGAUAUUGAGCGUCCUGACCUCAUGAUCUAUGAGCCCCACUUUACCUAUUCCCUCCUGGAACACGUGGAACUGCCCAGAAGCCGAGAGCGCUCUCUGUCACCCAAAUCCACAUCCCCCCCACCAUCCCCAGAGGUAUGGGCAGAGAGCCGGUCCCCUGGAAUCAUCUCUCAGGCUUCAGCCCCCAGAACUACUGGGACACCCCGGACCAGCCUGCCCCAUUUCCAUCACCCUGAGACCUCCCACCCAGAUUCCAACAUCUACAAGAAGCCACCCAUUUACAAGCAAAGAGAAUCUGUGGGAGGCAGCCCUCAGAGCAAGCACCUCAUUGAGGACCUCAUCAUUGAGUCAUCCAAGUUCCCUGCAGCCCAGCCUCCUGACCCCAACCAGCCAGCCAAGAUAGAAACUGACUACUGGCCAUGUCCCCCAUCGCUGGCCGUUGUGGAGACAGAAUGGAGGAAGCGGAAGGCAUCUCGGAAAGGGGCAGAAGAGGAGGAAGAGGAGGAAGAUGAUGACUCUGGAGAUGAGAUGAAGGCUCUCAGGGAGCGUCAGAAAGAGGAACUCAGUAAGGUUACUUCCAACUUGGGAAAGAUGAUCUUGAAAGAAGAGAUGGAAAAGUCAUUGCCUAUCCGGAGGAAAACCCGCUCACUGCCCGACCGAACGCCCUUCCACACCUCUUUGCACCCUGGAACAUCUAAGUCAUCUUCUCUCCCUGCCUACGGCAGAACCACCCUGAGCCGGCUACAGUCCACAGACUUCAGCCCAUCGGAGAGUGAGACUGGAAGCUCAGGCCUGCAGAUCUAUCCCUAUGAAAUGCUCGUAGUGACCAAUAAGGGGCGGACCAAGUUGCCUCCAGGUGUGGAUCGGAUGCGGCUUGAGAGACAUCUAUCAGCCGAGGACUUCUCAAGGGUAUUCUCCAUGUCUCCCGAAGAGUUUGGCAAGCUGGCUCUGUGGAAGCGGAAUGAACUCAAGAAAAAGGCCUCUCUCUUCUGAUUGCCCCCUCCCUCUCCAUGACCAUCCCCUCCCCCUCCCGCUUCAGGG